AUGGACGAGCUCCCUGAGUCUCUGCUUCUCGAAAUACUGAGUCGACUCGACAACUCAGCUGACAUAGCUAGUUGCCGAGUCGCUUCGAAGGCUUUAAAUACUGUUUUUCCAGACCUUCGAACAAUCAAUCUUUAUUGCUCCUCGAGGAAAAGCUCGAUUUCUUUGAAGAAGGUUUUUGUGGAUCUUAUUUCCAAACUGAGAAUUGUUGAAUCCGUGUGUAUCUGCCUUCAAGACGCUGUUGAUGAGGAUUUUGCAAAGGAGUGGCUGCCUAGGGUUUCCCAAUCCUUGAAUUCGCUUUCGUUAUCUGGUUCUCUAUACCAGGGUCUACGUCCAUCGAAUGUUUUGACGCUGGUUUCUGUGUCUUGUCAUAAUCUUGCUGAGUUAAAUCUAGGGUCUGCAUGGCUGUCUGUGCGCAACUUGAAUCCAAUGCCAAUGCUAACUAGUGCUUGGUUGAAAUUGGAAGCUUGUUGGAACCCAGAAGAUUGGGAGAUUUCUGAUGGGAGGAAAGGAUUGAAAACGAUCCGUGCAUAUCUGAUGUUAGUUGACCCGUCGUUAACAUUCUCAUAUGUUGCGUGUGUGUUGGACCAAUGCGUAGGCUUGUCAGUGGUCUCAUUGCUCAUCCAUGCUAAUGUUGUUGAUACUGAAUCUAAAAGUUUCAUGUCUGAGUGCAUGGCUCGUUGGCCGCAGUUGAAGUGGCGGUGGGGCAUAUGGGGUGAAUACAUGAAAGAUACUUGGAUAACCGAUUAA